AUGGAGUCCAGCAAAGAGAAAGAUAUGAGGCAACCGGACUUGAUCAUCCCGUAUCAAGAGCCUGCUGCGAAAGGCGACAAUGUCGAGUUCCAGUCAACCCUGGCAUCGACAUUGCCGAUGGCUGCGGUCUUCUUGAGGAACAAAUAUAUUGGAUGGGCUGCCGUUGUCUUCAGCAUACAGAGCUGGCUGGGCGAGAGUGAGGAUACCAAGAAGAGCACCGGCACACCUGGAUACUUCAACGUCGGAAUGGCCUUGUCGUCCCUACUCGUUACAUACCUACCACUCUUCCUUCCACAACCGGGCGCACAACGAGGAAGCGCGACAGAGGUCCCCGCGCCGGCUCCGGCAUGAAACAGAACGGCGACCUGCAGUGGAUUACGGCGGGCUGACGGACGGGCGGCGCAAUGAUUGCCUCGCGACUCUCUCCGCGUCAUUGUGGAUUAAUGGGCUUGUCAAAUUGUCGGAGACAUGGUGGAGUGUACAAUAUACCCCAAUACAUACCUAAAAUCGGUCAGCCGUUCCCUCUUGAUGCCGGUACUAUAUUUCAUGAUAGGUCAACGCUGAGAUCCUCGCGCUUGCAACCCGCGAGACGAUUGUUG